UUUCAGCUGUAUAUUUGGUGCGGUACUGAUGUCAUACUGAACCCGGAUAGGCAAGGACCUAGUUAAAUUUAUGUUACAGUGUCAAGAAGAAAAUUAUUUGUAGGAAUGGAACAGUCGAGAUAUGCAGCUAAUGUGACUUAUUUUGCCAUCUCCUUUUCUUUGUUUAUCUAGCGGAAGGUUUCUGCUUCAAUUAUGGAGUUUUGAAAAGCAGUGUGUGACUUUUGAGGGGAAAGGGUGGCUUUCCCCUCAAGUUGAUGGUUAGACUGCAGGCUGUGAAGGUUGAAGGAAUCAUUGAAUGUGUUGCCUUUUGUAAAUUAUCUGGAGAGCUCAUAGAGAACAAAUUAUUUUUUGUAAUAUUUGAUUGCAUGGAGAUAAAACACUUGCGAGUGUAGUGAUGCCAUUUGUGAAAGCACCUUGGCUUGUGGUCAGCAUUUUCUUGAGAUGGUAGACUGAGAAAGUCUACCAGUUUCUGGGGUUGCUAGGGUGCAGUGGAAGCUCAACACAAGCACAAUUCUAGCACCCCACGGGACAAACAUCUCAACCUUUCGUUUUGUUAUUUUUAGGCUUAAUGCACUCAACCCCUAUUGAGGGAAGCCUUUUUUCACUCGAGAUUGUCACUGCUACAGUGUGUGUGUGUGUGUGUGUGUGUGUGUGUGUGUGUGUGUGUGUGUGUGUGUGUGUCUGUAUUUGCGGCUUCACAUUGCUUUGUCUUAGGUUUGAUUUGUAAUUUAGAGUAGACUGUCAGACGGCAGCAGGCCUCAUUUUGAAGAUUUUGGGUAGCCCAGGAUGAGUCUGGAAUUGUCAGACUGUACCCCAAAAUGCCGCUCACUGCAGCAUGCAAAUGAGGUGGUAGCAGCAAUAACGAGUGGCUCAGAGGGGCAGUUACGAGCAUUCUUAAUAUCACACUGCCAUAAUGCAGCAACUUUGCGAGAUGAAUUUGGUCGCACAGCAUUGCACCUAGCUGCCUCACUGGGAAAGAAGGCCAUACUGGAGUGGCUGCUGGAAAAUAAGAAUGCUGACUUGACAGUGAAGGAUAAAGAAUCAGGCUGGACCGCUCUGCAUCGCAGCGUCUUCUAUGGACAGAUUCACUGUCUCCUUUCCCUGACCAAGCAUGGCGGAGUCCUCUCCACUCAGGAUAAGGAGGGUCUUUCUACGCUGGACUUGAUUAUGAAGGACCGACCACCUCACGUCACGUUGAAAAACGCUGAUCCGACUGAAGUUUAUACAUGGGGAAAUAAUACAAAUUUCAGCCUUGGGCAUGGCAAUCAAGAGAGUCGAUUGCACCCUGAGCUAGUGGAUGUCUUUGCCAGGACUGGAGUUUAUAUUAAGCAGGUGGUGCUCUGCAAGUUCCAUUCAGUUUUUCUAUCUCAAAAAGGUCAGGUUUUCACAUGUGGACAUGGACAAGGAGGACGGCUUGGCCACGGAGAUGAACAGACUUACCUGGUUCCCCGAAUGGUGGAGGGUCUGAUGUCCCACCAUUGUUCUCAGGUGGCAGCAGCAAAAGACCACACAGUGGUGCUGACAAAAGAAGGCUAUGUUUACACUUUUGGGUUAAACACCUUCCACCAGCUCGGUUUGGCUCCUCCACCAGCUUCAGCACAUGUUCCUAAACAGGUGUUUUCCAAAGCACUAAAAGGGAGGACUAUAACUGGAGUUGCAGCUGGCAGGUUUCACACAGUUCUGUGGACUAGAGAGGCAGUUUAUACAAUGGGACUCAAUGGAGGGCAGCUUGGUUACUUGUUGGACCCCAAUGGUGAGAAAUGUGUCACAGCCCCACGGCAGGUAUCUGCUCUGCACCACAAGGAUGUCACCAUAACAAUGGCUGCUGCAAGUAGUGGCGCUACUGUGAUCGUGACCGAGAAAGGAGAUGUCUACCUGUUGGCUGAAUACCAGUGUAAAAAAAUUGCUUCACGGCAGCUCAAUAUCAAGAAAGUCCUUGUCAGUGGUGGAAAUCUCGACCAUCGCGUGAGUCCCCAAAUUCUAAAUGAAUGCGGGGGAGAAAAGUUGUCCAUCUUGGCUUUGGAUGAAGCUGGUCGGGUGUUCUGCUGGCGCUCCUCAGGUAGCUCGAUGAGACAUUGCCGGUGGGCGUAUGGGCGCCAGGUUUUCAUGUCUGACAUUGCUCUCAGCAAAAACGGCAUGAUGUUUGUGACUCAGGAGGGGGAGGGAUUCAGUGGCAUGUGGGCUGGAGAAUAUAAAAAGUACAGUGAGAAAAAAGAGAUGAGUGUGGAGGUUUGUGGACAUUCAAAUGUUGCCACAAUGUUUGAGCGAAUUCGUCUGGAAAGGCUUCCCUACGUUCACAGAGCUGUCAGCAUCACUAUGGACUCAAACGGUCGAAAUUUUGGAUUGCUUCAGGUUGAUCCCAAAACAAGUUUAUAUGAGAUUCCCAGCAUUUCUCCACCUUCCUUUGCCACACACUUCCAGAAACUUCUGGAGGAAGCGCAUGAAAUGGACAGUAUCCAUGAUGUAACACUUCAGGCUGGCAAUCGCACCUUCGCAGCUCACAAAUAUAUCCUGUCUAUGAGGUCUGAGUUCUUCCGGAAACAGUUUAUGGCUGAGCGUUGUGGGAUUGAUGAGGAGCUUGAUAAAGAAGUGAGGAAGAGUGAAGACGCCGUGGGCUGCGACUUGUUCAUUUUGGAGAACAUUCCACCGGACAUGCUGGAGUAUGCCCUGCACUUCAUCUACACAGAUAACUGUGAGUUACUGGUGCACGGAGCCCGACCUAGACACCAUGGAGCCCUGAUGGAACAAAGCCAGGAUUCAGAGGAGGAAAGGCUUAUCAGCAGCCUGCAGGACUUGAGCCUUAGAGGUCGCUCAGCCCUGGAAGUGUAUCGUUCCCUUCCCAUAACAGCCAAAGGAGAUUGUACCAAGGCCACAAGCAAAGGCUCCAAACCUGGCAAAAAGGCAAAAGGCAAAGGUGACAAAGGUACCCAUGAAAGAGGGGACAACCCUGUGAAAAUUUUGCAAGGAGUAGCAAAGAAGCUUGGCCUGGGCAGCCUGUCUGCACGACUGGAUGGUGUCAAAUAUGAGGGUGGAAAGAUCAAUGUUAUACACAAGAAGACUGGCAACAACCUUAAGUUCAACCAAAAGAAAUGUUCCUACCUCUGUGACGUGACUCUGAAAUCAGAAGAUGGCAAAGAGUUUCCAUGCCAUAAAAGUGUCCUCUGUGCGAGACAAGAAUACUUCCACAGUAUGCUGAGCAAUCCGUGGAUUGAGGCUACAGCUUGUACUGCGCUUCGGAUGCCCACAAGCUCAGACAUUUUGUUUGGCAUUCUUGAGUAUAUUUACACAGAUGAUUGCCCCACCAUUAAAGAGUCUAUGAAUGUGGCGUUUGUCUGCAACGUGCUUGUUGUAGCUGAUCAACUGCUGAUCACACGAUUGAAGGAAAUGUGCGAGGUCGUCAUCACAGAGAAUUUAACUCUAAAAAAUGCAGCUGAGCUGCUGGAGUUUGCCACCAUGUACAACGCAGAGCAACUGAAACUCUCCUGCCUCCAGUUCAUUGUGCUGAAUAUGGCUGUGCUACUCGAGUCAAAAGCAUUGGAUUGUCUUAGUGAUGAAGUCCUUCUGGAGCUUUCUGCAGCCUACAAGAGGAUGAUCCCAGCCAUGCACAGGAGAGUUGUGACUCCAUAUCCUGACGCCCCAAAUCUCAGUAUGUAUGAAGGUGAACAUAUUGACUUCGCCUUCAGCCGCAAAUUAGAAUCUGAAUUGGACCAAUCCAGCAGGGAAGUACUGUUCAAGAAAGCCAAGAUGAAGGCUAAAAAGAAACCAAGGCGACGCUCCGACAGCUCAGGAGGCUAUACACUGUCUGAACUUAUUCAAAGCCCCCCUGCUGCAGCAGUUUCCCCAUGCCUCGUGAAGACACGAAAAGACACCUCAACAGAGUCACUGCAGGAGCUGCUCACAUCGGACUCGGAGGGUAGCUGCAUGGGGCUGGGUAGCCCCAGAGAAAUGCAGUCACCAGUCUCUCAUGACAGAGCUGUGGAAGAGAGGGUCUUGUGUCAGAGAAUGAAGAUCCCACCCAAUACAAGGAAUGGCCUCCCACCUCCCCCCACCUCUAGUCCAAAAGAUACCCCAAAGAUCCUUCACAGGUAAGAUGGAACAGGGUUUUUCCUGGC